AUGAAUUUUUCAUGUGGUUGCAUAUUUGAUAGGAAAGUGAAAGAACCUCAUUUUAAAAAAUCAAAAUACUUUGAAGACUUGAGCGCAAGUUUUGCUAUUAACGCAAAAAAUGAACAACUAGGAGCACAUUAUUCUUGGUUAGUUCAAAUGCAUAAAGUACCAGCUAAUGUACAACAUCCUUAUAUUGAGGCAACAUUUGAAAAUCCAACUGAUCCUAAAGAUCCUAUCAUUGUUCCUGCUGUUCAACUUAAAUCAGAACAAGACCAUUUCCAAUACCCCCGUUAUUAUUUUAUUUCUCCUGCACUAGGUGCCCUGGACUGUAAAUUAUACAACAUUAAAUUAACGGCUUAUUCUGACAAGUCAAAAACAAAAUUAAUAGCAGAACAUGAAAAUCAAAUACUAUCACGUAUUAAUUCUGAAUCGUGUGUCAAAUCUGAAUUUAUGGAAAAAAUGCGUGCAGCAACAAAACAGGCUGAAUGGGAAACCAGACAAUAA